AUGAGUGAUUCAUUCGACGCUCUGUCUCGUGAAGACAGUGAUGUAACCAUUUUCGACCGUAUCGUGGACGGAAGUAUUCCCUGCCAGAAGGUGUACGAAGAUGACAAGAUCUUGGCGUUUCGUGACAUAAACCCCGUCGCUCCAGUGCACAUUUUGGUGAUUCCCAAGGUCCGCGACCGCCUAUCACGUCUGAGCCGCGCCACUGAUGAACAUGCUGACAUCCUCGGCCACAUGAUGGUGAAGGUCGCACACAUUGUGCGUGAGAACAAUGUUGGUGAUUUCCGUCUGGUGGUGAACAAUGGUCCCCAAGCCGGCCAACAAGUGUACCAUCUUCACAUGCACAUAAUUGGCGGCCGCAAUCUGAACUGGCCUCCGGGGUAA